AUAUUGCUCAAGUCACCCUUGCAAUGUAGCGAUUAAAUGUACUGGCCACUGCAAUUGCAUUUUCGAUUUGCCCGUUACUGACUGUAUUUUGAUUGAGUUGUCGGUACUGAAUUCAUGCAUAUUAGAAUUAUGCAUUUAGAAAUGGUCUUAUAUUGUUGUGAGUGAUCAUCAUGAGCAAAACAAUUACAGUUUCUUCCAACUAUGAACAACCCGAUUUUGGUCAAAAAUUUGAUAGAUUUAUGUUGUCGUUGACAAUAUAAAAGUGUAUAAUUUCUCAACUGCAUUAAAUUUUAUUAGUAGAAAAAUGUUUUACAUUCAACCACCGAAAGGUUUAAUGACUUUACCAACUUUAGAAGAUGUUGUAUUUACUCGUUGGAAAUAUUUGAAUUUAAUUCAGGAAAAAAAAUCUUCUAUAACUUUCAAUGAUAAAUUUGAAUAUUUAUUAGAAGGUUCUCCACAUGAUUGUGUUGGACAUUUUACUCUAAGGUUAUUAACUUUAAGAUCAUCUGAAUUAUUUACUUACUGGAUGAAUAAAGAAGUUUUAUUAUUAAGAAAUAGAUUGUCUGUAGUACAGCCACGUCAAGUAUUUAGAUUGUUUAGAACUAUGUUGAGGCAUUUAAAAAGAAGAAUUGGAAGCAUUAAUCCUGUGGAUAAUAUUUUGUACAGUAUUUGCUCCUUUUAUAUAACAACUAAAAUGUUUAAACAUAUCACUUCUGGUCAUCAUGAUGAAAUAUGUCAAAAAUAUCAUCAUAGAGUUAAUUUUGAAUUGAUACCAGAAAUGAUAGAAGCAAGGUCUGUUAUACUGAACAAAGGCUUAGCUACAAUAUACUGUUCUCAGUGGAAGGAAUUGUUUCAAUCGUUAUUCAAAACUUUUAUAAUCUUUGAAAGUAAAUAUCAAAAACAAAUUGCUAGACAACUUUUCACUGAUCCUCGUUUCCAAUAUAUAAGUAAAAAAUUGCAGCAAGGCUUAAAUUCCCAAGUUUACAAGGUUGGAAAGAUAACCACAUUAAAUAUAGACAAUGAAGUAUCAAAUUUUCCACUUUGUAUGCAACAUAUGCACUUUCAACUCAGACUGAAGCAUCGUUUAAGUCAUUACGCUAGAUUUUAUUAUACUUUAUUUCUAAAAGAGUGCGGAAUGAGUUUAGAGGAAUCUUUACUAUACUGGAGAAAUGAGUAUUCCAAACCACAUAACUGCAAGGCUCUUUGUAAUCAUGAUUGGCAAACUGAUGCCAAAAAGUUUAUCUACAGUAUAAGGCACAUGUAUGGCUUGGAAGGUGGCAGAAAAGAUUAUAAAACUCCAAGUUGUAAAGAUAUGUAUGAACAGUUUCCUGGAGCUGCUUAUGAAGGUGGAUGUCCUUUCAGUAACUUUGACAUGGAAUCACUUCAAUCUUUAUUGAGUCAAUCUAUGACCAAAAACAAAGUGAAUGAAUUUUUAGUGACCAAUUCAAAUGAAGAACCCAAAAUAGCUUGCUUAAAUUAUUUUAAAAUUCAAAGUACUACAGAAACCAAAAAUAUAAACAUUACAAGACCAGUACAGUAUUACCAAAAAAUGACAGAAGCCAAUGAAUUUAUUUAGAUUUUUU